AUGAUCAUCUACAUUAGUAGCGUACGAACUUCCUUGGGAAUCCAGACCAGUUACCAGAUCAGCAAGACUGCAAGAGAUAAAAAUGGAAAACAAGAAUGCGGCUCGACAACCGGCCCGAGAAAGCCCACACGUCACGGCAACGCCACCGAAGACGGAAACCGCUCCCGUUGCACGAGACGAGAGAGCCCACAAAAAGCCGAAGAAAUUAAAAAUCCAUUCAAAGCCAGCGGCAGCGCUUUCAAUCGCGAGGGAAUCGAUUUGUCGCAGUCCCUGACAACAGGAACCACGGAAAAAUCGCCACAGACUUUGGAGAAAUUGCCGAAACUUCCAAAACUGACGGAAAAAACCCCGAAAGCGUCGCAGAGUGGAAAACAACCGGAAACUGCUGCAAAAUCACCAAAUACUCCGCAGUCCGUGGAAAAAUUGCCAGAAAUCGAAAAAUCUGGAUUCGGAUCCGGGUCAGCGGUCACUCAUCUGCCUCCGGUAUCUAGCCUCACUCCGGCCGCACUGUCCUUGUCCAGCUGGAAAGUGGGUGGAGGAGUGUCAAAUAUUAAGGCUGUGGCUACAGCAGGUCCGCAUCAGCAACCCGGCCAGCUGGGAGACUCUGAAGAAAGUGGGAAAUAUAUUCAUCUGGUCGUCAUCGAAAUAGAACCGACUGCCGCUGGUGGAUAUGUCGAGGAAAUAGCCAGCGGAACUUCGCGCCGCUUGCUGGAAAAAUUUAAAAUCUGGGAUGAAUUUUCGUCCAGUGAGGUUCUCGAUCCGAUUUUGUCCGGCGCACCAAACGAACUGGGUGGGAUUGUGUUGGCCAUCCCGGUUCGGGGUGACGUCAACCGUAUGGCGGCUUUGCCAGAAACAUGUAAUGCCCGUAUGAACGACAAGGCUGUUACGGGAGUCAAGAUGCUCUUAGCUGAGGUUGUGGAGCCGGAAAUGCAAGCCGAUAAAAAACUCCCAUUUCCCUUUACGAAAGGGGUUUUGGAGAAGCGUUCCGGAUUCGACGAUGCCUUCGUGAAGGCGCAUUUCCCCCGUGUGGCCAAGUUGUUGGGUAUUAAAGUGGCGGAUCAGGUCAAACCGGACGGGAGUCAAGCAGAACCGGCGCGCCACACCCCUUAUCUGCCGGAUGCCGGGGGUCAGCGGGUCGUCGAUGGCCAGCGUGCGGACGGCGACUUUGGGCGCGGGGAGUGGCUGUGUGCGGCCGAAUUCAUGGCGGAGAAAACGGCCGAUGAUACCGGAAACUAGCAUCCCCCCUCGAAGCUCUCGAAAAAAUAAAUUCGGAAUAACGGUAACUGUCGGGAUGAUAAAAAUGUUUUGCGCUGUUCAUUUUUUAUACUAGAUGUUUUUGACCCGACGAUUGUGGUAUUUCGGUACAGUAUUAACGCGCGUUGUUUUAAAUUUUGUUUCCUUUUUUAGCGAAAAAUGUUUUUCACCUGAUUCUUUCUAACAGAUCUGUGAUGGAUGCUCGGAUUAAUUUUAUUCGUGUACUUUGAAUAAUAUUUCUCUAGUGUGUCAUUUCCGCAUCGUAUAAUUUUAUUUUCGUUAAUUACUUCGAUGAAACACCGGCGAAAAAGUGGCCAGAAAAAGAAGACAGAAUAAAGCGCCGUA